CCUCGUUUGCAUUUCCUUUGGUUGACCGCCGCCGCUGCCGUCGCGUCGUCCAUCGGUCGGCAGUUCGCACGGAGUACACUCCGCGGUGAAUGUGAAUAAGGUUCCGUUUUCAUUUCAUACGCCGGUCUCAGAAGUUAUAAUAUUUUGUUGGCAUAUUAUCACAGUUGUCCGUUUCGUAAGGCUGCACGUCAUUCAAUUUAACCGUCGACUUACUGCAAAAUAUCACACGAAAUAUGUCUAGAAGAACCGAUUUGGAUCUGAGCGAUGAUCAGAGAUUCGCCCUAAUGAAGUUGCGAAGAAGCGUUGCAGACUUGAAAUUGGAUGAUAAAUAUGAUGACUGCUUUUUACUCAGAUGGCUCGAAGCUCGAAACUUCGAUCCUAAACUAGCAGAAGACAUGUUGAGAACAUCAAUGAAAUGGCGGGAAGAGUGGUCGAUCAACAAAGAUGACGGUUGGCAGCCACCCCAAGUGCUGGUCGAUUACAUGCCGAGUGGUAUCAGCGGCUAUGACAAGGAGGGAUCGCCUGUGGUCGUGCUUCCGUUCGCCGGGUUCGACGUGUGUGGCCUGCUCAAAUCAGCCCCACCAAAGGACAUGGUCAGGUUCUUAGCACAAAAGCUUGACUCGUACUUAGAAGUGGCCAGGCAAUCAUCGCUGAAGCAUGGUCCAAAAGCUUCGCAGGUGUGCUGCAUCGUCGACCUGACCGACUUCAACCUCAGGCAAUUCACAUGGAGACCAGCGGCCGAGAUGACAAUCAACUUGUUACAAAUGUACGAGGCCAAUUACCCAGAAAUAUUGAAGGCAUGUCACGCGAUUAAUGCUCCCAAAGUGUUCGCUUUUGCGUUCAACAUACUUAAAAACAUACUCACUGGCAACACAAUGAGCAAGUUCAUAAUAUAUAAGGCGGACCCGAGCAAGUGGAAGCCUGUGUUGGCAAGUACCAUCGAUAGUGACCAGUAUCCAGCGUUUUUGGGCGGUGAUCAAAGGGAUCCCGACGGCGACCCAAGAUAUACCACAAAGAUAAACCAAGGAGGAAAAGUGCCAAAGGAACUAUAUUUAAAAAAUGACAAAAAACUCACAAGUUCUGAUGACAUGACGUUAGUAAAUAUAAAGAAAGGCGAUAAACUAUACCUGAAAUAUACAGUUACUGUACCACAAAGUUUUCUGAGGUGGCAGUUCAAAACCGAGGGACAUGAUAUCAAAUUUGGUAUAUUAGCAACAGAUUCAGAAAAUAUACAAACAGUAAUUAUGCCGAUAAAGAAAGUCGCAUGCCACGAGUUUGAAGAGAUUGGAGUAAUCAAAUGCAAACAUACCGGAGAAUAUACGGUGGUAUUCGACAACAGUUAUAGUUUCAUACGUGGAAAAAAACUUGCAUACAACGUUCGAAUCACAUUGCCUGUAAAAGAAAAAACCAUCAAUACUAUCGAUAAUAUGGUGAAUAUGGAAGAAUAAGUCACCCAUACGAUAGUUAUAAAAGUAUAAUAUAGCGUUUAAUGACUAGGUAAUAAUAACAGUAAUCAUUAUGAUUAUAUUAUACGUCAUCAGAACCAUUAGAAAUUUUAAUCGAAUAUACUUUUCCUACAAUUUAAAAUUGUUUAGGUAUACCUAAUGCCUAAUACAUAUUAUACCAGAUAUACUCUCAUAAAAAAGUAAAACAGAUUAAUAUUUGUCGUUUUAUGCCAUACGCCAUUAACAACUUACGACAGUUCAACAGUAAUGUAGGACUGUCAUACUGUCGA